AUGAUUUAUAAAUUAAUUUAUAAUUUAUUUCUAUUUAUUUUUAUAAUAAAAAUAACAUAUUCAUGUUUAUUGGAGGGUGAAAAAAAUGCUGUAUAUACAUCAGUUUUUGAAGAUCUUGAACCAAAAAGUAUUUUGGUACAUUUACCACUUCAAUCAUCAUCUCCUGAUAUUCAGUUGAAACUUAUAAAGGGUGAAGAAUAUGUAUCACUUGAUGCUAAAGAAAGAAACUUAAUUCUUGAAAAAUCUCUUGAUCGUGAAACUGGUAGUCAUAAAUUUGAAGUUGUUGUAGAAUGUAAAAAUCCUUCUGAUAAAUUUUUUCCUCAUGUUAAUAUAUCAACAUUCAUUAAUGUUAAAGAUAUUAAUGAUAAUGCACCAGAAUUUGAACAAAAUGAGUAUAGAAUUAAUGUUACUGAAGAGUUACCUAAAGGAACUAUUGUUUUUAUGGAUUUUGAGGCAAUUGAUAUUGAUCAAGAGGGUGAUAAUAGUUUAGUUAGAUAUAAAAUAUUACCAGGAGAACAUUCUAAAUAUUUAGAAAUUCAAGAUCCAUUUAAACCUAUUAUAACAGUUAAUCAAAGAAUUGACUAUGAAAAAAUAACAAAUUUUGAAGUUGAGAUUGAGGCUAGAGAUGGUGGUGAACCAUCAUUAUCUUCUACAGCAAAAUUGUUUGUUACAGUUCUUGAUACAGAUGAUCAAAAUCCUGUCUUUUCUCAUGAAUAUUACUAUACAAAUUCUAUAUCUAAUUCAUUUUUUGAAGUUUUUCCUUCACCUAUAUAUGCUAAAGAUGGUGAUACAUUAAAUGAAUCAAUAUACUAUGAAUUGUCAGGUGAUAAUCACAAUGAAUUUUUAAUAAAUUCUAAUGGAUCAAUAAAACUUCUUGGUGAAGAAGUUCCUUCUACAAUUAUAUUUGUUCAUGCUAAACAAGUAAAUAAACCUGAAAGAGAAUCAAUUGCUAUUUUAAGAAUUGCUAACCAAACUUCUAUUGAAUUCCAACAUUAUUUAUAUUCUGUUCAGAUAAGUGCCAAAGCACCACUUGGUAUGGAGCUACUUCAAGUUAAAGCAACUACUUCAAAUCAAAAUAGUGAAAUAACAUAUUCUAUUGUUGAUGAUAAUUCUAACUUAAUAACUAUUGAUGAAAAAAGUGGAAAAAUUGAACUUAUUUCAAAUCCAUCAAAAACAAAUUAUAAUAUUAAAUUAAUGGCUUCAGAUGGGAAAGCUAGAACAUGGGCACAAUUUCAUAUAACAGUAACAAAUUUAAAUAAUUAUGAACCAGAAUUUGAAAAAAAAAAUUAUAAAUUUGAUAUUAAAGAUUCAUCUUUGCUUGGACAAAUUAGGGCUAUUGAUAGAGAUUCAAAUGAUACUCUUGAAUAUAGACUUCUUAAUUUGAAUGCAUUAUUUAGAAUAGAUCAGGAUGGAAUGUUAUCUGUUAAAAAUUUAAUGACAUUAUCACCUAAUACAAUUUAUGAAGUCAUUGUUCUUGCUGAAGAUUCACAGGGUCAUAAAACAUUUACUAAUGUUAAAAUUAACUCACAUGGUGGAAUAUCAUCAGGUUUCAAAACAGCUGCCUCAAUAUUAGCUUUUGUUGUUCUUAUUAUAACAAUAGCAAUAAUGAUUUUUUUUGUUCUUAAAAAAGUUAAAAAAAUUUGGUUUUCAAAUAAAAGAACACAAUGUUGGAUGUCAUCAGGAUCAGAUCAAGGUGUUAUAAUAACAGAAUCUUUUGAAACAUCGAAAUCUGAAACAUCAACAAUACGUCCUACCAAUCAUCGUACACUUUUUGAAUCUUCAUCACCUCAAAAUCAAAAAAAUGAUACAGGCAUAAUCCUUCAAAAACCAUCUUCUCCACCAAGUAUGUCAACAUUUACUUCAUCUCCAUCUAUACAGGUGGUACCAUCUCAAUCACCACCAACACCUAAUAUUACUAGCUGUGGUAAUGCACAACUUGUACCGGUUACUAUUAAGGGGGAUAAAGGGACAGGAACUCCUACAAUAUAUUUUUAA